GCUCUGCUGAAAACCGCUUAGCUCCCGCAGCAGUAGCACCGUCGCGGCAGCAGCGGCAGCAGCUGCAGCAACAAGUCGGGGCCAGGACUGGCAUCCUGUCUCCAGAAAACACGCGGUUAAACAGCCCGGUGUAGCACAGGAAGAGGUUUCCCUUUUAGGGGGCCAGAAGGGUUAUUAACCUGGAAGAUUUGCCGACCUGUGUGGGAUCCAUUGGUACCUCUGCUUUUGAAGAGACUGAAGACCCAAUAACAACACUAUCAGCCUAGACCAAUUGCUCCCUUUUUUGGAGCCCAGUGCCUGUUAUCACUAAGUAGAAACCAUUCCUGGGGGUAAUAGGGCUUGUAGAGUAAUGCAACAGAAGGCUUUUGAGGAAAGCAGGUACCCCUGGCAGGAGUCCUUUGAGAAUGUCGCUGUGUGCCUGCCAUUCCGCUGCCCAAGGUGUGGGGACCAUACCAGAUUUAGAAGCCUGUCCUCAUUGAGGGCCCAUCUGGAAUUUAGUCACAGCUACCAGGAAAGAACUCUCUUGACAAAAUGCAGCAUUUUUCCUUCCAUCAAAGACACAGACCUAGUCACUUCCUCAGAACCCCUGAAACAGGGAAAAUUGCAAAGCUGUGGCAACAUAGUGAAGCAGAGACCUAGCUAUGUUAACUUAUAUAGCAUUUCGCAUGAGCACUCCAAGGACAGGAAGCCAUUUGAGGUGGUGGCAGAGAGGCCUGUGUCCUACGUGCAGACCUACACUGCGGUGGACCUGCGUGCAGACUCACUGGAUGGGCCAAGGUCCAGCCCCGGACUUCCCACCUCAGACACCAAAGCAGCUUUUGAGGCACAUGUCAGAGAAAAGUUCAAUCAGAUGGUUGAGGCCGUGGAUAGGACCAUUGAGAAGAGAAUCGAUAAACUCACCAAAGAGCUGGCCCAGAAAACUGCUGAACUAUUGGAAGUUCGGGCGGCCUUUGUGCAACUGACUCAGAAGAAGCAGGAAGUUCAGAGACGGGAGCGGGCCCUGAAUAGACAGGUGGAUGUGGCCGUGGAGAUGAUCGCAGCACUGAGGCAGCGCCUGACGGAAUCUGAGGAGGAGCUUCUUAGGAAAGAAGAAGAAGUGGUGACAUUCAACCAUUUCCUCGAAGCAGCUGCUGAGAAGGAGGUUCAAGGGAAGGCUCGGCUCCAGGACUUUAUUGAGAACCUGCUGCACCGGGUGGAGCUGGCAGAAAAGCAGUUGGAGUACUAUCAUGGCCAGCACGCUGCUGGCCUCCACUGGGACACCAGUGAGCACGGGCUCACAGAUAUCGCCUCAAAUAGGAAACCCAAAUGCCUAAGCCGAGGGCACCCACAUUCUAUGUGUAACCACCCUGAUCUCAAGAUCCAUUUCCAUCCAAAGGGAAGGAGCUACCUGAAAAAAGCCAAGGAUGACAGAGCCAGCAUGCAGCCUGCCAAGUGCAUGCACGAACAGGCCGAGUCCCCAAGAGAUCUCUGCAGACCAGCAAAGAAAGGGGAGCCGCUCGGGUUUGGCCGGAAGGGCAACAUCAGGCCCAAAAUGGCCAAAAAAAAGCCAACAGCAAUUGUGAACAUCAUCUAAAAGGGUGGGUGACUCUGGAACACCAUCACAGGGCUUUGGGAAUACUGUUCUAGAGGCCAUCAAUAAUGUCCUUUUGGGAGUUUCCUGGUAUACAGCAGGUUAAGGAUCUGGCAUUGUUACUGCUGAGGCUCUGAUCACUGUCGUGGCAUGGGUUCAGUCCUUGACCUGGGAAUUUCCCAUGCUGCGGCCAAAAAAGGGAAAAAAGAAAAAAAAAUAGCUGGAAAAAAAUAAUAAUGCCUUUUGGACACAUCCCAUCAUAAAACACAUUUCAUAUCCAUAUAAAAGCACCUGGAUUAACUAUAAUUAAAAAACAGGAAUCCUGGUGAACCAGAAUAUUUUAUAAGGCCCUUUUGGAAGAAAGAGGCAAAUUACAGGAGGAAUUUUAAAAAACGAAAGCAAUCUUAAACUUUUAGUAAAAUGAAGCUCCAGCAUCUAAAAUAAUUAGCUCAGUCUCCAGUAGUAUCCACAUCUAGGGUUCUGUGCAGUGGUCAUUAAUUCUCAGCCCAAGGUCACCCAAGAUGUCAGGCACUAGGGAAAAACGCACCUGUGCCCACAGCUUUCUGAAUUGUGUGGCAAGGAAUGGGAAUGUAAAGUUCUGUUAAUAUCAGUGAAAUAAAAACAUUUUUGUUUGCUUUUAAUUUUACCUCAGUUAACUUGGGAGCCUCCAAAAUAAGGCUUCUUGUUUCUCCGAGUAUUCUGGUUAGGAAGAUUUCAGUGUUUGGGUUGCUUCAGGGACUCCUUUUGACGGACUAUAUUCCAGUUUAUUUGAGUAAGGUUUUUUGUUUCCCUUGAUGCAUGUUUAUCCGAUUUGGGUGCGCCUCCGCUCUCUUCUUUGGCUGAGUGUUCUCCACCCUAAGACCAGCUGCUAGCCUCUAUCUUAAUAGCUGCUUCUACUACUGUGGCUGGAGAGGACAGUAAAACCCUUUUGAUCAGCAGCCAUCAUCUUUUCAGGGUCUGAACAGUUGGAUACCAGUGGAUUGCACAUUUAGUGCCUGUGAGCCAUCCCAGAGACUGCAGAUGUUACUCAGCCCUUUCCUAAGACCUGCCUCCUGGGGAGUGUCAGCAGCCUCUCUGUUAGCUGUCCUAUAGAUAAUAGACUAUAUUCUCCUGGCUGGGCUGGGCCUAACUUUUCCAUAUCCUGCUGCUUUUGUGCCCUUUCAACAAAAACUUCUGUUCUUACCUUUCAAGCAAGUAUAUGAGGUAUUUGUUGUAGGCAGCCUUCUAAAGUAAUUUCUGAAAUGAAUAAUGCAUGUGGGAUCCAGAAUCUGAGGCUGUCCUCCCUCGCUGCCUCCCUAAAUGGCCUUUGUUUCUUUAAAGAACCAUCUGCUGCAAACCUCCUGCUUUACAGUUUUACUCAUGAAUGAAUUAUCAUGUUACUUUUUUUUUUUAAUUUAGCAAUAUCAUCGGAUUUCCUGCACAGUUUACAGUGCUGACAUUCUUACGGAAACAAGAGUAAUUACAUCCACAAAUAUAUACACAUAUAUAAUAUAUGAAAUAUAUAUGUCAAGUAUUUAAUAAUUAUUUUUAAAUAUCCAUGAAAAAGGUGUGUGUUUGUGGUGGGUGAUUUUUAAACUAUAUAUGUUCAUGUAAAUUGAAUUAUUUUAAAAACUAAAGCUGUAACCUAAUUAACAUUAGUAGAAUUAUGAUUGUUAUUGCAAUAAGCAUCAGAUUAGCAGUGCAUUAAAAAUAGGUAACAAAACAAAUACUUACAAUGCCAGUAAAUUGAAAAGUGUAAUGUAUAUUAUACAAAUAUUUUGAACCUAUCAUAGUGAAAAUGUUGAUUUCUGAGUCUUCACUUUGCCUUUUGGCUCACGGCAGUGGGCCAUUCACAUGGUGUAUAGGUAACUAUCAAGGGGGGAAAAAACUGCUGUGAAUAUCACUGUUUAGGCUAACACUGUAAAAACUGUAAUGUUACAAUAAUUAUUUAUUUGGAGAAUUAACAUUCUCUAAGGUUAUUUAUUAUUAGUGUUUAUACCAUGAUUGCACUUUAACCUUUUACGUACUAAAAAAUUGACUCGUUCGUUGUAUUGCAUGCUCUUGGCCCCAUGAUGUGUGUGUGCAAUGACAACAGUUUGUUUUUAAAGGUUGUAUGAGCCAGAUUUUCCCCCCAUUUUAUUUAAGGUAACUUACAUUAUCAGUUUUCGUUUAAUAUGCCUAGAGAGCAUGACAGCUCUGUUUGACAGUGAUACCCAGUGCUCUUCAGAAGCAGCAUAAUGUCAUAUCUACUCUAUGUACAUUACACAACACAAAUGAUUUUAAGGUUUAUUAUAUUUAAAAAUUCUUUUUAAAGUUCUAACUAAAUUUUGACCCUUAUAUAACGAGAUGCAUUAUGUAUGUUGUGCUUCCUUAGAGACAUAAAUUUGCUUUUUUAUGGAGGCAAUUCAUUCAUUCUAAGGGAUCUCCCACUUUCAUGCCAUGGCCUAAGCCUUGAGCUGUAUCCCACUUGGGUCUCAUUUUUAAAUAUAUUCUUUGUCCUAAUAAGCAGUCAACCUUAGAGUUGCUUUUUUGAAGAAAUCACCAAAGUUUCUAGGAAAACAUGUUCAAGUUUAAACUGAAGAAUGGAUCUAGCUUUAUUACUUGUUUUGUAAUGAAGAAGUCUUUAUUUCAACUCUUCUCUCAUUCUCUUUUGUCAAACCAGGUUAUAGAUUCUUAACUGAAAAGUUCAGAUUACUUAGAUACUGUUUUCCCGUAUUCUGCAGGGUCAGUCAGUUGUAUGGAAGUUGGAAUAUUCUGUUCCCAGAAUUUAAGAAAAGUUUUUAGAUUAUGAAAUAUUAUAAUAAUAAAGCUCUAUUUCUGACUAA